UCAAGGAGGGAUCACCCUCCUGGACCCUCCACCCGGUCUUGACAGUUUAGUGUGGUGCGCGGAAUGCGGGGGAAAACGUGCCCCUAAUUGCAGUUUUUCUUCAUCCUUGCACCUAUUAAAUUUUGUGAGCUACGCCUUUUCUUUUCGGUCACCAGAAAAUUGACUAACCAUCAAAAUGUUAAACACGGUAAUCAACAAACUACGGUUUCUUUACAAACCUUAUGCCUUGGCCGUGGUGUCCAUCGGAUAUGUCCUCGGUGAACUUGGGCAUUACAUGAUCGGCGUUACGAGCAAGGCGACAGCAAUAGACUUGCAUUAUGGGGAUAUUUCUUGCCAGCUGAAUUCCACUGUAUAUGCUCUAAUAGAUUUACCAGUGCAAUGUGAAAGUGCUAAUAAUUCAGAAUAUUGCCUAUCUCUGGAAUUAAACGGAACAAAUUACUGCGAGUGGAAUUAUAAUGGACUUGGCAUAGAUUAUCAGAUUUUGGCAGGUCCUAGCUUCAUCGCAGUGUACACUGUUGUUGGUGUCAUCUUGGGCGUAGCUGCUGAUAGAUACAACAGGGUAAAGAUGCUAGGAGUGUGCACCCUUAUCUUCAGCAUAGCCAUCAUCUUAAUGGGUGCCGUCAAGGAAUACUGGCAACUCGUUCUCCUUCGAAUGGUAUUGGCAGCAGGGGAGGCGGGAUGUAAUCCCUUGGCUACCGGACUCUUAUCCGAUUGGUUCGCCGAAGAACAACGAGGCCUGGUAAUGUCAAUUUUCAAUUGGGGAAUUUACGGAGGAUACGGCAUUGCUUUCCCCAUCGGGCGAUACGUACCGCAAAUAAACGCAUGGGACUUGGGGUGGAGAGUAUGUUAUUACGGGGCUGGUAUCGUGGGGCUUAUCAUUGCCAUCCUUACCGGCUUCACGUUACGUGAACCGAAAAGAAUAGUAAUCGGCGAGGAAAACAGUAAAGACGGGAAAAAGGAUCCAAUGUGGAAGGUCAUUCUUCAGCCUCGAAUUAUUCUUCUGUGUCUAGCAGCCAGCAUAAGGCAUUGCGGAGGCAUGUGCUUCGCUUAUAACUGCGAUCUCUACUACAGGGACUAUUUCCCAGACUACGAUCUCGGAUGGUGGUUGUUCGCUGUAACGAUCGUUGUCGGCAGUAUCGGUGUCGUUGUCGGAGGAGUGAUAAGUGAUAAGUUUGUAGCCAAAAUGGGGAUCAGAUCACGAGUGGCUGUCUUGGUAGUAAGCCAGCUGAUUGCGACCCCCUUCGCUUUUGGCUCCGUAUAUUUUGGACCGCUGUGGGCCAUGAUUACUCUUGGGAUCUCUUACUUUUUCGCCGAGAUGUGGUUUGGAAUAGUGUUUGCUAUUCUGGUAGAAAUCGUCCCCUUGAGUAUGAGAUCAACGACUGUUGGAGUUUUCCUGUUCGUAAUGAACAACAUUGGGGGAAACCUACCAAUUUUAGUGGAACCUACCAGGAAAGUCAUUGGAUUCCGAGAAUCUCUGUACAUUUAUUAUGCCGGAUUUUACGGUAUCAGUUCCUUCAUGUUCUUGUUUACUAUGCUACUGAUGGGAGGUCCUGGGAAGGAAACUAAAACUGUUGAAGAUGCUGGACACGAUAACACCACCUUCACGUACGAUGACGGACGAUUUCCGACGUUAGAAUUACCUAGAUUACCUGCCAAACCACCAACGUAUGAUGACGACUCUAGAUUAUAAUGAUUGAGUCUAAAAGCUGACAAGGAAAUUUCAAAAGGAGCGAGCUUACUGAUCAGAGGACGACUUAAUGGUACUAGUAAUGAAGUCAACAUUUUGGUGAUUACGGAAGGAUUAGUGCCGAAGUCUUGAUAAUGAAACUAAAGUUGUAAUAGUACAAAGUCUGUAAGCCCACUGUAAUGACAAUUAACGGACCUCAUAGAACAUCCAUGACGGAAAGUACAAGAUAUUUCUAGGAGAGAAAAGAGAUACAUACCUGUACCAAUAAGUAAAAAAACGAUACUUUCAAGAACCGCCUAUUCAAAUACUCAGUUUAUAGAAAGGAUAUGAUAUCCAAUUUGUGAACGGGGCAAUGCUGACCCGUACUUCUUCAACACGUAUAAUUACGCUAAAUAUUCGCGACACUACAUAAUUGCGAAAUCAAAUAAUGAAGUUACUUAUCAAGUAACGUAAGUUAUCCACGCCGAAAAAUUCUCCAGAUUCACUUACAAAAAGAUUAAAUCCUUUUGUUCGCAAGACCGAAACAUUAACGGUAAAAUUUGAGUAUUGGAUUAAAACGAAUAAAUAAUGUUUAUUCGUAAGUUGUAUGCCGCAGCCGACGACGAAUAUUGUAUUGUGUUCCAUUUAAGUUACGGUUUCCUUGAAUAUAUAACGAUUACUCUGUUUUUAACGGAAAACUAUUGUGUAAUUUAUUCAAUAUAUUAUUCAUUGGAUCACUCAAAAGGGAAGGAGUCAAGGACGAAGAUAUGUAGAGACCCACGAGCUUAAGAGAAAAUGAAUAAAUAUAUUCUGCUGGAAAAUGAUUAAAUUAUCCAGCCAUAGUAAACACUUGACAAAGAUAUAAGUUUUCAAAAUAAAAUUGUAUAGACAUCGA